AUGCAGCUGAAUGAGUCUGCAGCUCAGACACUGGCUCCAGAGCCAUGCGAGCAGCAGAUACUGCAGGAGAACAACCCUGGCCACUCCAGCAGAGAUGGCACCAGCAACAUGUCACUGCACUGCUGGCUGCAGCUCCUCACCAGGGAUUCUACCAUGGAGUUUCAAGGAGAAUACUCCAGCCUGGUGGUGCGUAUCAUGAUAGCGUGUGUCUACUCUAUAGUCUGUGCACUCGGGCUGGUGGGAAACUCGCUGGCUCUGUAUCUGCUGCACUCGCGCUACAGGCAGAAGCAGUCGUCCAUCAACUGCUUUGUGAUGGGUCUGGCCAUCACAGACCUCCAGUUUGUCCUCACUUUACCUUUCUGGGCAGUGGACACAGCCCUGGACUUCCGUUGGCCAUUUGGCCGUGUGAUGUGCAAAAUCAUCAGCUCCGUCACCACCAUGAACAUGUACGCCAGCGUGUUCUUCCUCACGGCUAUGAGCGUGGCACGAUAUUACUCUAUCUCCACUGCAAUGAAGAUGCACAGCAGGCGUGCAGCAGCUGCCAGGGCCAAGUGCACAAGCCUUGGCAUCUGGGCUGUGUCUCUGCUGGCCACUUUGCCCCACGCCAUCUACUCCACCAGCGCUCAGGUAUCAGAUCAGGAGCUAUGCCUGGUGCGCUUUCCAGACACUGGCAGUUGGGACCCGCAGCUUCUCUUUGGUCUAUACCAGCUGCAAAAGGUUCUGCUGGGCUUCCUCAUUCCUCUCAUCAUAAUCACAGUCUGCUAUCUCCUGCUACUGCGCUUGAUCCUCACCCGAAGAAUAGCCGGUGCAUCGAGCACAGAGAGUGAGCAGGGUCGGCAAAACCGGCGCUCCAAAGUAACCAAAUCCAUCAUCAUCGUGGUUCUCUCCUUCUUUCUGUGCUGGCUGCCAAACCAGGCGCUGACUCUGUGGGGGGUGCUCAUAAAGUUUGACCUUGUGCCCUUCACCAAGGCUUUCUACAAUGUGCAGGAGUACGCCUUCCCCCUGACUGUGUGCUUGGCUCACACCAACAGCUGCCUCAACCCCGUGCUCUACUGCCUGGUCCGCACGGAGUUCCGGGCCGCUCUCAAGGAACUUCUCCUCCACGCCACUCCAUCCUUCAGGAGCCUGACUCAUCUGGUGCGUCGCAAAGCCAAAGUUGCUGAGGCGCCGCCGGCGCUGGUGCUGGUCCAAAUGGAUGUCUGA